AUGGCGGCGGCGACGGGGGCCGCUCCGAGCCGCGGGGGGCCCGGGCGGCCCUGCCCCUUCUCCAUCGAGCACAUCCUCUCCAGCCUCCCGGAGCGGAGUCCUCCGGUUCGAUCCGCCCGGCCGCCGCCGCCCAGCAGCCGACAGAGCCCCGCCGAGCCCGAGGAGCCCGGGACACCCGAGGUUGUGCCGUGCGCCUGCUGUUGCUGCUGCGGCCCCCGCGCGGUGCAGCGCCGACCCCCGGAGGCGGCCGCGGGGCUGGGCUCGCGUUUGUCGUGGCCCUUGAGGCUGGGCCCCGCGGCUCCUUCGCCCUUGGCAGCACCGGCUGGAGGUUCCGGGACGCUGUCCGGUGCCGCUGGUCCCGGCCCGCAGCGACGCACGCGACGCCACCGCACCAUCUUCAGCGAGGAGCAGCUGCAGGCGCUCGAGGCGCUCUUCGUGCAAAACCAGUAUCCAGACGUGGGCACGCGGGAGCGCCUGGCCGGCCGCAUCCGCCUGCGCGAGGAGCGCGUGGAGGUUUGGUUUAAGAACCGACGUGCCAAGUGGCGACACCAGAAGCGGGUAUCAUCGUCUUCAAGACUCCUGUCAGGCCCUAAGAAAGCUCCCAAGGACAGCUGCUGCUGAUCCCCCAAAAGCCACUCUGGCCUUGGCUGUGACCUUUGGACCCCACACAGAAAGAAGCCAGACCUCUCUGAUGAACAAGGACUCUAGGAGAGGAGCAACCUCCUCCAAGAGUCUCCACACCUUCCUGUCACAGGAGCUCGUGCUGGUGUGCGCGCAUUUA